AUGUCUCGGAGAGACCCCAUUCUCUUCGGCGUUGCAUCAAUGAGCUCGGCUUCAAAGGCGCCCUGGUGGACAAUCACACGGGAGGACGAUAUUACGAGGGACCCGAGUACAACAACUUUUGGGCGACUCUCGAGGAGCUUGAUGUUCCUCUUCACCUACCUACAUCCAACGAUGCCUCCAAGCACCAUGGCCGACUGGUACCAGGGGAGCUACUCCUCCCAACCGAGUAUGGCCAUGUCGCAUUUCGCUUUCGGGUGGCAUUUCGACACUGCCAUACAUGUUCUCCGACUCUACGCGGCAGGAGCUUUUGCCCGCUUCCCAAAUCUGAAGAUUCUACUAGGACAUUUUGGGGAGUCUCUACCUUUCUUCCUGGAACGUGUCCAGUGGUUUAGCGCAAAUUGGGGCCCGAUAAAUCCAAGCUUCCAACAGGUAUAUGCCGAGAACUUUUGGUUCACUACGAAUUUGUUGAAAGGCGUUGCCCCGUUGGCGUGUAUGCUUCAGAAUACCAAGUUGGAUCGAAUCAUGGUUGGCAUCGACUAUCCUUUUCUCAGGAUGCAGGAUGGGGUUGAAUGGAUCGAGCAAGUGCGAGCUAGUGGAUUGUUAAAGGAACAAGAACUGGAAAUGAUUCUUUAUCGAAACGGAGAAUCAUUUCUCAACAUUAAGUAG